AUGUGGCCCAAUGCGGUGUCCUCCCCGUUAACCCGAGUAGAGGAAGAUGUUCAACUCCCAGUUUACAACGUGAACAGAGCCUUUCGAGGGGUAGAAAUCGGAUAUCCCCAAACAGAAAUGCUGGCCUUCGCAUUAGUGGUCACUGCCAGGCAGUUAAGGCCUUACUUUCAAGCUCAUCCCAUAAAGGUCCAAACUGAUAUCCCCCAAAGAAAAAUAUUGCAGAAACCAGAUACUUCGGGUCGGAUGACUAACUGGGCGAUUGAGCUAAGUGAGUUUGAGGUCGAGUAUCUUCCACGAACGGCGAUAAAAGGGCAGGUCACCAAUAACAAAACCGAGUAUGAGGCACUCUUGUUGGGUCUAACGAUUGUCAGGUCUCUAGGUGCAACUAAAGUUGAAGUGAAAGUUGACUCUCAGAUAGUAGUGGGGUGCUCGGAGCUCAGAAUCAAAGCUAAGUACUCUUCUCCAGGACAUCCGCAAGCCAAUGGUCAAGUAGAAGCAACCAAUAAAACAUUACUCAACAUCCUAAAGAAUAAGUUAGGAGAACAGAAAGGGAAAUGGGUUGAAGAACUUCCGAGCACGCUGUGGGCAUAUCGAACGUCAGUAAGAACUCCAACUGGGGAAAGUCCUUUCUCCUUGGUCUAUGGAGCUGAAGCCAUGAUACCGGCAGAAGUCGUUGUACCCAUAUAUAGAGUGCAACAUUACGAUCUGAAUCAGAAUAACGAGCGGCUGAGAGAGAACUUGGACUUCUUGGAAGAGAGAAGGGAGGAAGCUGUAUGCUGA